ACUUCCAGGCACAGUUAGGUUCGGUUGUGCUCGACGAGAUCGACGGUUGCCGGUUACCUGUGCGGGUGGUUUCAUUCACGCGAUUAUAUCGGACGUUUGCGCGAGUUUCCGAUCAACGAUGAGUUUAUCUAAAGUGGAGGACAAUAUGUACCGCGACUAUCGCAGUCCUCUGUCGACUCGGUACGCCUCCAAGGAAAUGCGGUACAACUUCAGCGAUCAGAAUAAAUUCAGCACAUGGCGCAAGCUCUGGAUUUAUCUGGCCAAGGCUGAAAUGGAGCUCGGCCUGGCCAUCAAGCCGGAACAGAUCGCCGAAAUGGAGGCGCACGUUGAUGACAUCGAUUUCGAAGCCGCUGCCGAAGAAGAAAAAGCGACCAGGCACGACGUGAUGGCCCAUGUUCACGUGUUCGGCGAACAAUGUCCGCAAGCUGCGCCUAUCAUUCAUCUCGGUGCGACUAGUUGUUACGUAGGCGAUAAUACGGAUCUUCUAAUACUCCGUCAAGGCUUCGAUAUACUGUUGCCGAAAUUAGCCGGUGUGCUCCGGCAUCUUGCGAAGUUCGCUUUUGAACGUCGUAAUUUGCCCACCCUAGGCUUCACCCAUCUUCAGCCCGCACAGUUAACAACUGUCGGCAAAAGAGCGACUCUCUGGCUGCAGGACCUCGUAAUGGAUGAGAGGGCUAUAAGUCGCGCCAGAAACGACCUCAGAUUCCGCGGUGUCAAGGGUACCACCGGUACUCAGGCGUCAUUCCUUCAGCUUUUCAACGGCGACGGCGAAAAGGUUAAACAAUUGGACGCUCUUGUUACCAAGAUGGCCGGUUUCGAAAAAUAUUACGGCGUUACCGGGCAAACUUACAGUAGAAAAGUCGACAUCGAGUGCUUGAACGCAUUAAGCUCACUCGGUGCGACUGUUCACAAGAUCUGCACGGAUCUUCGUCUUCUCGCUAAUAUGAAGGAAAUCGAGGAGCCCUUCGAAAGUACACAGAUAGGCUCCAGCGCGAUGCCCUACAAGCGCAACCCCAUGCGUUCUGAGAGAUGCUGCAGUGUGGCACGUCAUUUGAUGACGUUGUCGAAUAAUACGCUCCAGACUGCGGCGACCCAAUGGAUGGAACGUACAUUGGACGACUCGGCGAAUCGUCGGCUCACUUUGGCGGAAGCCUUCCUGUCCGCCGAUACGAUUUUAAUGACUCUCCAAAAUAUCAUGGAAGGAUUGGUCGUUUACCCCAAGGUCAUUGCCAAACACGUGGCUCAAGAACUACCCUUCAUGUCUGCGGAGAAUAUUAUCAUGGCCACGGUGAAGGCCGGUGGCGAUAGGCAGGUUUGUCACGAGAAAAUUCGUGUAUUGGCGCAAGAGGCUGGAGUGCAAGUGAAGCAGCAUGGUCUGGAUAACGAUCUAGUUGAUAGGAUUAAGAAAGAUCCGUAUUUCGGGCCGAUUUUAUCGAAAUUGGACGUUCUGUUGGAUCCCUCGACCUUCGUCGGCAGGGCACCCGAGCAGGUCGUCGAGUUCCUUGAGGAGGAGGUAUAUCCUGUGCUUGAAAAGUACAAGAACUUGGAAAGCAAAACUGUUGAACUCAAUAUUUGAUCCUGGAAGAAAAAGUUUGCCGGCGUUAUUAGAAUCUUUUUAUGCAUUUUCCAAAGAAGCCUAUGUGACGUUAAAUUACUACUUAAGGUUACGAGGGUGAUCAGCUAGUCGGAAUCUUUUUUGGAGUAAAAAGAACGUGUACAAUCGUUUAUUGUUAACAUUUCUUAUAUUUUAAUAAAGAUAUGACAAGAAAAUAAAUCGCACUGUUCGCCGC